AUGUUUCCAACAAUUAAAACUUACACCGAUAUUCAUGAUUGUUUAUUCUCAAUUAUUGGAGGUAAUAUGGAUGAUGAGUUAUCUUCAAGAACCAAUGAUGAGUUUACAAUCAAGAAGGAACAAGGCUUUAUUUUCAUCAAAUAUAAAUCAGCCACAAGAAAUACAUUUCCAGAUCCGGAGAAGGCUCGAGAUGAGCAUGAGCGAUUAAUCAGUAAAUUACGAAGAGAAUGUAGAGGAAUUAUAUUUGAAGAGGAAACCAAAGCGAUUGUUUGUAGAAAAUUCCACAAGUUUUUUAAUAUCAAUGAACGAGAGGAAACCAAUAUUGAGAAGAUUAAUUGGAAACGUGGAUUCCGAGUGUUGGAGAAAAUGGACGGCUCUUUGGUAUCUCCAGUUCUAGUGAAGAAUAGAUCAUCAGAAGAGCAGCAUGGAAUUAAAUUUACUACAAUGCUGGGAUUUACUGAAAUAGCUCAAUUUGUCGAUGAUUAUGUUUUUUCUGAAAUGAAAGAAAGACAACGAAGAAAUUAUCUUUCAUUUUGCAAUUAUUGUAUUGAGAAGAAAUGGACACCCUUGUUUGAAUUUUGUUCGCCCAAGCAAACAAUUGUUCUGGAAUACACUGAAAGUACUUUAACAUUACUCGCUAUUAGAAAGAAUGAAAGCGGAGAAUAUAUGGAGUUCAAUGAAAUGGUAAAGCUAGUCAAACAUAAUUUCUCAAAUGACAUUCCAAUUGUGAAAGUUUGGAAAGAAUAUCCACAAGGACUAAAUGGAGAUGCAAAAGGCCUUUUGAAAGAAAUUUACUCGCAAAAACAAGUCGAAGGUUAUGUCAUUCGAUUUAAUGAUGGAGACAUGUACAAGGUGAACACUCAUUGGUAUAAUAGCCUUCAUGGUGUAGAGACCAGUGGAAAGUCUGUUCGUGAUAGACAUAUCAUUCUUGGAAUUUUAGAUAACACUGUUGACGAUUUGAUUGCUUGUACAUUUUUUGCAGAAGAUGGUAAGCGAAAUGCUGCCCAGUUUUUCAGAGAUGAAGUGGAACGAAAAUUAGAAAAACAAUUUUCAGUAAUGAAAAAAGAACUACAAAACGAUUGCUCGCCCGAUUCAGUGACGGGCCAAUUUUUAAAUUUUCUGAAAGACCAACCAUUACAUUCAUCGUCAGAGGUAGGAACAACUGAAGGAAGAGAAAUGUUUUAUACAUUUCUCAAAGAUAGGUUUAAGCUUAAUUCAAGAGAAUUUGAUAAGCACAGAAAAUUAUUCUACAAAUGGCUUAACAUUGACUUGUCUGGCAUUAAACCCUUCUUUUUCACAGAGCAUGGCAUUUUGACGGAUCCAAAGGCUGAAAAAUCGGAUACUAGCAAGAGCAACGAUCGGCAGACCCCAAAGACAUCUCAUUCCAAAAAGAAGAAAUGA